AUGGCCACCCUUCUCAUCACCGGUGCAACAGGCAAACAAGGAGGCUCUGUGAUUAACAAUCUCAUUGAAAAAGAUGCCAGUUUUAAGAUCCUCGCUGUGACUAGGGAUGUCAACUCGGCUUCGGCAAAGAAGGUCGCGCAGAAAUCAUCCAAUAUCACACUUAUCCAGGGAAACCUUGAUGAUCCCGCUGCAAUUUUCGAAAAUGUAAAGCGCAAAACUUCAGAGCCAGUUUGGGGUGUAUUCAGUGUUCAAAGCGCCACCCCCCGAAACGACGAUGAAAGACGUCAAGGAACCGCGCUAGUAGAUGAGUCUAUCAAGCAAGGCGUCAAAUUCUUCGUGUACAGCUCUGUCGACCGUGGCGGCGAGAAAUCCGACAGCAACCCUACCCCCGUCCCCCAUUUCAUCUACAAACACGAGAUCGAGGAGCAUCUGAAAGAGAAAGCAAAAGGCACAGGCAUGGAAUGGACGAUUCUCCGACCUGUCGCUUUUUACGAGAACUUCACAAACAAUUACUUCGGCAAGGUAUUCACAACCGCGUGGAAAAUGACACUCAAGGGCAAACCGCUACAACUUAUCGCGACGAGCGACAUUGGAUUCUUCGCUGCUUCCGCAUUCAUGAAUCCGGAAGCUUCGAAGAAUCAUGCGCUUUCGCUUGCAGGGGAUGAAUUGACGUAUGAUCAGAUGUCGGAGAUCUUUGAGCGGUCGACUGGCAAGAAGGUUCCUACUACCUUCAGGCUGCCGGUUUGGUUGAUGAUGGCUACUGUUAAGGAGUUUGGUGUUAUGUUUAAAUGGUUCCAUGACGACGGAUACGGGGCUGAUAUUCCGGCUUUGAAAGAUUUGAAUCCUGGUUUGAAGGACUUUGGGACUUGGUUGAAGACGGAGAGUCAGUUUGAGACUCGUUGA